GAACUAAAACCUGUGUGACGAAGUGAAUACGUAUGCAGCGUAAAUACGUAUGAAGUUGGUCAAAACAAAAUCCUUGGAAGUCUGAUCAAAACUGAUAUGCCAUACCAACACAACAAAUCAGCAUACACACACUAUGGAUAAACCCAAUUCAAAGGUAGCACAGGACUUGACAACACUGAUGGAAACCACCAUGCAGCAACUAAGUCAUAAGUUUCAAGCAACGUCAGAUCAAAUUGUGUCAAGAAUGGAAGACAUGGGAACACGCAUCAAUGAUCUGGAAAAAAAUGUGGCUGACCUCAUGAGACAAGCAGGAAUGGAUGAAUGUCAAACAGGAGAGGAAAUGGCUCCUAAGAGACAGUGAUGGAAUACCCUCACCAGCAGUAAAACAGGAAAACACAUCUACCUCUCUCAUAAUACCAAACAUAAGUGCCUUGCCAGCAAAGAUAUCAGAAAUGAUGUAUUUUCUUCUAUUUUAUUUUGUAUCAAAUAAUAAAAAAAACCUGCAGAAAGAACCAAA